CUAUACCCAGAUUUAUAUUCUCUACAAAUGGUGUUGAAAGUGUUUUUGAUUUGUCUUGUAACGUGUGCGGUUGGGGUCCUGACGGCGCCUGGUGGCAACAGCGCGGGUAGCACGGUAGACCUAUGUUCACUACCGGUCCACAACACACUGCCGGUCACCGGCACGUGCAACUUCAACUCGGACAAAUGCGGUUAUUCCUUUCCGCCAUCUCUCUGGCACAUACAUUCGGAAAACUUUGGCAGUCUCAUUUACGGCAAAGUGUCGGGCGAUGACCACGGUCAGAGUCAGUCGUUUGCGUUGUUCCAAUCUAACGACCCGAAAGAGAGUAACAGUACGGGGGAUGUGGUCAGCGGCAUCCAUAGCCCCACCAUUACCACACAGCAUGCCUGUCUCAGCUUCUGGUUUCUGAUGCCGAACCAAAACUCCAAAUUAGAGGUGUACCUUCGGACGGUAGCAGACAACAGUUCAAGACUUAUCUACAGCUACAAGUACCAGCCGGCGUCUCAGUGGCGUCAGAUUCGUAUGCAGAUUGAUAGCAACCAGCAAUUCCAGCUGGAUUUUAUGUCUGUGAAAGAAAACAUAUACGGGUACGUCGGACUAGACCAUGUCGAAGUCCUGAUUGAAAAAGUUAAAACAACUAGUCCACCGCCAACAACUACGACCAGUCCACCUCCACCAACAACAACAGGUCCACCUCCAUCAACUACGACCAGUCCACCCCCAACAACUACGACCAGUCCAUCUACAACAACAACAACAACAACUAAAACAACCAGUCAAUCUCCACCUCCGACAACUACAACAAGUCCAUCUCCACCUCCGCCUACUACAACUCUUCCAUCUCCACCUCCAACAACUACAACAACUUCACCUCGGACAACUACUACCAGUCCCACUUCACCUUCGACAAGUCUUAAGACGCUUGCAACGCCCACAACGCCAGAAACAACAACUGCAGGACAAUGUGAUUGCAAGUGUCCAUCUGUAUCCACAGUCUGUGCCAGUGACGUGAUAUCCACGACAGCGGCCCCCGUUCCAACGCUUUGUGACCGACCCGCCGAACAACUGUCGGUCCACAGCCGUUACAGCUGCAGUUUCGAUACAGACCUUUGUGCCUUCACACUUCCGAUUUACCCACAUCUAUGGGAGUGGACACAUUUUCGGUACGGCAACGCCGCAUCCGGGGAGAUAAGCGGGGACAGCUCUUCAGACGGCUCGGGUGGGUACAUGGUUUUCAACACGGACAACAAUCACGUACAGAACGGCACGACGCACGUGCUCGAGUCACCUACGUUGUUGGCCUUCACCGAGUACUGUCUCUCCUUCCGGUUCAACUUACCCACCAACGUCUCGAGCUUUCACGUGUUCUUGAAUGACGUCACCAAUGGAAGUCGGACGCUUGUGUAUAGCAGAAGUCAACUUGCAACCGCUGGGUGGACGCUAGCUAAAGUGUUCAUUCAAGGAUCGGCAGAUUUUACGGUUCAGUUUGAAAGCAGAAAAACAGUUGAAGCGGGGUACCUUGGCCUGGAUGACAUUAAGAUUUCUAUUUUAAAGCCUCGUGUAAAAAGGUCAGAAUGGCAAAUAAAUAAUGCUAGCCCAGCAGACGACAAUGUACAAGGAGUCGGGAAUGCCGACCAAGCAGACGACACCUGCUCAUGCACGUGCCCAACUGUACGGGUGAUCGACUGUGAUGUCACUACGGCAAAAAUGCAGUUCCAUUCCUGCUCAGAGCUGACAGGCGCUGUGCUUGAGAAGAAAAUGUCGUGUAAUUUUGACGUAGGAACGUCAUGUGACUUCAAUAUUCCGAUGUACCCCCACUUAUGGGAGCUGGUGCGUUAUCGCUAUGGUAACGAGAGUGUCGGGGUGGUACCAGGGGACGCGUCUUCAUAUGAUGGUAAUGGAAUGUAUGCUGCGUUCACAACUAACGACUUCCACGUGCCAAUAGGCGAGGGAGGAGAAAUGACCUCACCAAUGUUUAGGUCAACACCCGGUCGUUUUUGUUUGAGCUUCAUGUACAACAUGCCGACAGGCGCCGCCAAACUAUCCAUAUACGUCAUUUCCGGAGGCGGCAGAAGGCUGGUGUGGGAGGAAGCCAGGCACGAGACAGUCGGCUGGACGGAGGCCGCCGUGGUCUUGGAUAACAAGGAGGCGUUCGAAAUAGCGUUUUACUCGGAGAAGAGCGGUCUAGACUCAUAUUUUGCCGUUGACGACAUCAGACUCUACAGCAACAUCAGCGUUAAUGCGUAGACGAAACAUGAACUAUAGCUGUUUUCAUAAACACAACGGAUAUACAUAAUUAUAUAUACAUACUAAAUUGUUGUUUCCAUCAGUGGUAUCAUUUCUUAUGGUGGGUUCAUAUCAACAUUGUUGGUAAUGUCUGAGAAUGACCAGUACAUCAUGUGUGCUUGUAUAACACUAUUUCUCGUUUAAUGAAAUUCCAUCUUGUUUAUACAACAUUCUUUAGGAAGGAUAUUAAAUCGCAUUAAUAAAAAACAAUAUCAA